AAAAACCAAAACCAAAACAAAACCAUCUCUCGUAUAUCCUAACGCUCCCAAACCCAAACUCAAAUCAAACUUCUCUCUCUCUAGAUCCAUUUUCAAUGGCAGGUACGAUGAAGAAAGUCGACAAGAUUCGUCAAAUCGUUCGUUUGAAACAACUCAUGACAAGGUGGAAACAAAUCAGUCUCAGUCGUCGUUCGUUUCGUGCAGAACCUGAAGAAACAACAACAACAACAACAACCUCACCAUGUGUUACUCCACGAAGACAACAACCACCUUCAGGUUUUGUUUUCGUUUAUGUUGGAUCAGAACGACAGCGUUUUACUAUCCCUGCUAGGUUUCUUAACUUUCCUGUUUUCGCUGGUCUUCUCGAUGUAACUGAGGAAGAGUUUGGUUUACGAGGUAACGGUGGUUUAGUUCUUCCUUGCCACGUGGAUUUUUUCACGGAAAUCGUUAAACGUCUUCACAAGAAUGAAAAUAAGUAUGGGAAAUUUUCGUUGGAUGCGUUUGUUAAAAUGUUUUCUGACGUGGCGUUUUCUUGUAAAGAAAAAGAAAACGUCGUCGUUUUUGCUCCUUUGUUGCAGAAGGCUUUUGUUUAGUGUUUUUGGGUUUGUAAAGGGAAAGAAACAAGGAAAGUCUCUUUUUUUUUUUCUGUUUUUUUUUUUAAUUGGGAUUUAAUCGUCCUUGAAUCCAUGUACUAAAUUUUUUAGUGAUGGGUUAUCAAUGUGAUGAUGUAGUUUGAACUUUUCUUUUAGGGUUUGUUUUUUUUUCUAGUUUGGGUAUAUCUUUUACUAUUUGUUAAGAUUGAUACCCAAUUUCCUAUUUUUCUGCCGAUUAAUGAUGAUCGAAUUUUAAUGAUCAGUGACAAAUUGUAGUAUUAUUGUUGGCAGUUUUUUUAAAAAAAUUUGUUAAAAUUGUUGGCAGCAGUGAUAACUCUAGAUCUGUGUUUUUA